AUGGUCGUCUUUGUUGAUCUAGACGACGAGGACAUGGAGCCCCUUCACGUUCUCGAGGCACGCCGCUUGGCAACUGCCGCUGCUGUCGCGACUGAUGCAUUGGAAGCAAGCAGUCGCGAGCUCGAGCACAUGCUUGAGAAGCCGGCGAUUGCCCCGGCCCCGUUGGUGACACCAGCUCUCGUAUCAGAGCCAACACCGACAUUUCAGAGCGCUGCUACUGAGGCUUUUGGCUGCUAUCCCAUCGUCAUGUCAAUAGCUGAACACAUUGAUCUCAACACCCUCGACAGUCUCGCCCGCACCUCGCGCCAGGUCCGCCAGGGUCUGCUGCAAUACCGCUCCAUCCUCCUCUCUUCGACGCUGCACUGCUCCAACGAGGCCGUCCCCGUCGACCCAGAGUCCACGUUCCGCUUUCGUGCGAGGGCUGGCAACUGGUAUUACAUGGAAGAUGGCCGGAACUACAACGGCAAGAGCGGCAGCUGUGCCCGAGACCUGGUGACGGAGUGUCGGAGGUGCAAGACCGUCGUGUGCAGGAACUGCGCUAUCAAGCCGCCAGCCUCCAACGCUCUCCGCGAGCGCCAUCGUAGGCUGUGCCAGUGCUGUACCAAGGCCCCCAUCGCAACUCUCAUUAAUCACGCGCUGGAGCCAGAAACACCUCUGCUCGACGAUGCCGUAAGACGAGAGAUUUGCCGAUGCGACGUUGACGGCGUCUGGCUGUGUCAGCCCUGUGGGCGGAGCAUGCGCGGGGCCGAUCACGACUACCAGCGGUAUAGACCCUCUUCCUUUCUCAAUAUGCUAAAGAUUUCAAGACCAGUUCUUGCUAAUGUUGACUCUUCCGGCUGUAGUAUCUGGAAGUGGCGGGCUCAUUAUGGCGAAGUCCUCGGCGGCCUGGGAACGGGUAUUGGCGAGGGCGACCGUGGCGUCAUCUGCGGUCGCGAGACCGCUUGCGCCGGCGCCAAAGAACGUGAGAAUGAGACUGACUGUGAUGCCGAGGAUGCGGCCGUCACCGGCGCGAACCUUUGGACGGCCACGGACCAGGUACACCUCGACACUGUGCGAUAUGAGCGCACACCGAGUCCCCAGCUCGGCCCCGGGUACGAGAGGCACGAGAUUGAGGGGAUCGGAGGCGUCGUGAAGACCAAAUUGGUCCGCAUGGUGAGAGUCGGCGCAUGCGUGCCCGAGUGGGACGACGAGAAGAGCCAUCACAACAUCCUCGGAAGAGAGGUGAAGGGCAUCAGGCGGAGUUGGUGUGGCUGGUGCUACAGAGUCAUUCCCGGUGAGGCUGAUUUGGACAAGGCGGGCGUUACGAUGCGUCAGCUUUGA